GAAGAUUACUAUGAAUUUUAUUCAUAGAUUAACCAUCAUCGAUACGAUCGAUAUUUCGGACAAAUUUUUCAAUCAAAUUCAAACCAAUUAUCAAAUAGCAAAGACUUUUGAUAAAAAUUUAAAAGCCAGACCGAUAAAACGAAAAUUCAAUGAUAAACAUGAAUUAGUUAAUGCACUUAAAAGGCUUAGAAAUCGAACGAUUAAUGAGGUCAAAUGUAAUCAACAUGAUAAGAUUUUCAGCGGUUUUACCGAUUUAUAUUAUCAUAUUACCGAAUGUCAUCCGGAAACAAUUUUACAAUCAAGUUCUGGAUCUAAUUCGAAUCCAAUCGAUGAUGGUGAUGAUGAUUAUAAAGAUGUAAUUAAUGUUGAUAAAAAUCAUAUUUGAUAUGAAACUUGUAUAUCUGGCCAUCCAUCAUUGGUCAAACAUGUUUUCAAUGUCCAAAUUUCUAAAAAAGUCCAAUUUUUGAAAAAAAGUUUGAA